AUGUCGUCCGCGGCGGUGGCGGUGGCCGCUGCCUCCCGCAGGCAGUCCUGUUACUUGUGCGAUCUACCUCGCAUGCCCUGGGCCAUGAUCUGGGAUUUCACCGAGCCCGUCUGCAGGGGCUGCGUCAACUACGAAGGGGCCGACCGUGUGGAGUUCGUCAUCGACACGGCUCGGCAGCUCAAGCGGGCGCACAGUUUCCAGGAAGGCCGGGCUCCGCCACCUCCGCACACGAAGCAACCGCCGCCGCCGCUCAGCGCCAAAGAAAUGCACUCUGCGGCUGUGGCUACGGCCGAGGCGGCGUCUCGCGCGCCGCCUCAGCCCCACGAGCGCUACUCUCUGGCGGCGGCACUGGCGUCCUCUGAGCGGCCGCCUCCCCGCCUGGGACCCGAGUACGGCGGCGGGAGCAGGCAGGUCAACGGCAUCCUCGUUCCCAAUGGUUUCUCCAAGCCCGAGGAGCCGCCCGAACUGAACCGUCAGAGUCCCAACCCGCGCCGGACGCACGCGGUGGCCCCCACUUUGGUGCCCCUCAUGAACGGAGCUUCCCUGCCCGCCUCCAUCAGCAUCAGCAGCCGGGCGGCGGCGGCGGCGGCAGCCUCCUUGGCGGCUAUCUCCGGAGCGCCGCCAACCCCGCUGCAGGUCUCCGUCUCCCAAGCGCAGCAGAGCCAGCAGCAGCCCGGGGAAGGGGGCGGGCACAAGCGGCCCGGCUCGGUCUCUUCCUCGUCGUCUGGGGGCGGCGGCGGCGGCGCCAGCGACCAGGAGGGCAAGGAAAAGGGGCAGCCGCAGGCGGCGCGGGGCUCGGCGGACCCCCUGGACCAACUCGGCGUGGAGAGCAAAAACCGGAGCGCAGCGUUGGGCUCGGAGCAAGAGUGGCUGGGCAAGCCCAAGACCGUGCGCGACACCCUGCUGGCCUUGCAGCACAGCGGCCACGCGGCGCCCUUCGAAAGCAAGUUCAAGAAGGAGCCCGGCAUGGCGGGAGGGAGGCUGUUGGGCUACGACAGCAACGGGGCCGCGGCCAAAUCAGGGGCUCGGGCUGCGAGGAAGAGAAAGGCUUCUCCAGAGCCAGAAGGUGAAGCCGGACCUCCGAAAAUCAAUGGCGAGGCACAGUCAUGGUUACCCACCUCAUCAGAAGGGAUGAAAAUACCAAUGGCAGCUGCAUCUUUCAUGUCCCCACCACCACCAACUGCUUCGCCUCAUUCUAAUCGGACCACGCCACCAGAGGCAGUUCAGAAUGGCCAGUCCCCUAUGGCUGCGCUAAUUUUGGUUGCAGACAACGCCGGGGGCAACCAUGCUUCCAAAGAUGCCAACCAGGUUCACUCCACCACCAGGAGGAAUAGCAGUAGCCCCCCUUCUCCAUCCCCUAUGAACCAAAGAAGGCUGGCCAGGGAAGUGCCAAGCCAAGGGGCAAACCCUGGAGGGAUGGAACCAGUGCACCCUGUCAGCCUCCCAGACUCUUCUCUGGCAGCAAGUGUCCCCCUCUGCUGCACCCUGUGUCACGAGCGAUUGGAAGACACCCACUUUGUGCAGUGUCCCUCCGUUCCUUCUCAUAAGUUUUGCUUCCCUUGCUCUAGACAGAGCAUCAAACAGCAAGGAGCUAAUGGCGAGGUGUAUUGUCCCAGUGGGGAGAAGUGCCCCCUAGUGGGUUCCAAUGUCCCUUGGGCCUUCAUGCAAGGGGAGAUUGCAACCAUUCUUGCAGGAGAUGUCAAAGUGAAAAAAGAGAGGGACUCAUGACUUUUCCAGUUUUUCAUUGCAACAUCAACUUUAACACAAAACGGCUUGAACUGUAUAUACCUAUAAAUAU